UGUUUCUAUAAAUUACAAUUUACCGUUAUUUACUCAUUCGAGAUCCUUAUUAGUCUUACUACUACGAUCGGUUAAAGGUGUUUCAUGAAGAAUGAACGAAAACUACCAAGCUAUGACUGAAGGUGUUCAACAUUUCUUGCAAGAAUUAGGAUUACCGCAAUACUAUGAAGCCUUCGUCACGAAGGGAUAUGACAUGGAAACCGAUCUCUUAGAUCUUAAUGACGAUGAUUUAGAUGAAAUGAGGAUAACUCAAAAGGAACACAGGGUCGUAUUAAAACGAAAAGCUUCCCAACACUGUCUAUCCCAAGAAUAUCGUCUUCACGUAUGGCUACAGGAAAAUGGAUUGGAUUACUAUUUUGUUAAUUUUGUAAACGGGGAGUUAACGGAUUUUGAAGAAAUAGCCCAGAUGAAACUUCCUGAUGAAAAAAUAUUUGAUGAGUUGGAAAUUAUGUUACCUGGUCACAAGAAAAGAUUGACAAAAGCUGUACUAGAGUUAAGAAGAAAACGACGGUCGAUGAGUCCCGAGUUCGAAUCACCAGUUACUGAAGGAUGGUGGGGUAAACCAGAAUUCCUGCAAGAAGCUAAAUACGAUUUUCUAUGCGUGGACGCCCUACUUUCAUCGACCAAAGAUAACGUUGAUGACAGUCAAAGACUUCAGUUUAUGGUUGAUUCCGGUAGUGAUGUAGUCACAGUUAGAGAAGAAAUUCUACAAAAACUAGAUCUAGAAUUAAUAGGUCCUAUACAGAGCCGUGGCGUACAUGCUUCUAAAACUAAAAAUCUUUAUAAAGCUACUUUACUCAUUGGAAAUGAAGAGUUAGAAAUUGAGGUUAUGGGAGAAACGUACGAUUCUAUUGGCAGUCGUGUUAUACGCCACUUUCGUCAUUACAUCAGUGGUGGCCGCCAUGUUUGGUUGAAAGGAGAUUAUUAUGAUCCGUCGAUGUCACCUAAAGAACGGCUUACCCAAUCUCAGGUUACUGUAGAGUCUAGUGCGACACGAUUAGAACAGACGGCAGCAGAAGAAACUAGUGUUUAUAAAGAUUUAUCUGAACAAAGCGAAUCAGAAACGAAGUUGGAAAAAACAUCUUCAACGAGCUCUUUAUCCGAAUCAUACCAACAUUCGAUAUCUGGCGCUCGACCAGAACCAGACAUGGACGAUUCCCGUCCACGAAAAAGACAGCGAAUAUCAGAAGAUAUCAUAGAUAUUGAAACCUCUGAAGAUCUUGAAUCAUUUCAUUCCCGCCAAAUUUUAGUGCAACAGAGCCCAUCUCCAUCACCACAUAACGUAUCACCUGUACCCCCUCCAUUAAUUUCACCAUUGUCACCAACAUCUUCAUCAUCGUCGCAGAUCAUGGAACAAAUCGGUGACAGAAGUUCAGACGAUCCCGGUUCGAAUAUAUAAACGAAUGAGACAGACAUCAAUAAAUAAUGGUGCUACACAGUCAACCCGUGUGUUCUUGAGUAUUCUCGUGUGCAAGGCAUAUAAUAUAUUAUGAAUGGAACGGAUCAAUACGCGAAAGGUUAACGAGCCACGUUAUCAUCUCAAAAUGUGUUCAAUUGUGUAUUGUUUUUUAUAUCCAUAUUUUAUGAUGACCAAUGUGAGAUGUAUGAAACAGAUCGUACCACAAUGCUAAUAAGAGGUGAAGAAAUAGGUCUGUGAAGUGUUAAACGUCCAUUUUUAGAUAUCGAAUUGUGUUCAUUUGUUCAAUUAAUUGUUGCAUUUAUUUAAGAACAUAUCCUCGAUUUUUAAACUUUACCAGAAUGAAAUGGAAGUUUUAUUUUACGACAUUUUUUAUAUUUAAAGAAUAAUCAUACAGUCACGAUAAAAUUAUUAUUUAUUCAUAAGUAAAACCAAGUUAAAUAUUGAUUAACUAUUUAUAGAUCUUAGAGAUACAGUAUUUCCUUUGUAAUCAGUUUAGCUAUACAGAUCGUCGAGGUGUAUUCAGUGUCGUUAUGGCUACGGAUACAACCGUGGACUCAUGUCGUUCAUUUGUUGAAAGCCGCAAUGCUACAGAAAACCAAUUUAACUUUAGAUCAUUAUUUAGACACCAAAUGUAUAUAUCACAGAUGUAUCUUGGUCUCGAUGUUCGUGGUAGGGCCUAUCAUUUCUCCGGGUCCUCCUGUUUCCAACCACUGCUACAGACCCCCGUGCGCAAGCGAAUUAUUUAUAUAUAUAUUGAACUAUAUGUUAGGUCCGAAAUGACACAGUUUGUGUCGAGUUGACGUUAAUGCCCAUUUCUCUCUAUCGAUAUACGUCCUGUUUUAGUUAUAAACUUUGUUUUGUUAAUGAAUAUUAUUAUGUUAAUUUAUGACUUUUGAACCCUGUGAUAUUUUAUUCUAUCCAUUUGAUUGUAUAUAAACAUUUUAUUAUAUAUAGCCUAUUCAUCAGAAUUAUUAACUUUUCUAUAAUUAUUUAAUUUAUUAUAAUAUAAUUGAUUUUAAUGAAUGACAUGUUAUUAUUAAGUUAUUAUGUAUUAUAUUAAGGCAGAUUAUAUUCCAGCAAAUUUUUGUCAUUGUGCUAAAACAUAUUGCUAAAUAUUGAAUGUUCUCGUAUAUGUUUGUGUUCCAGAGCGUUGAGGGACCGUCGCAAAAUGAUUAGAUCUAAGGCCACCUGCAUAUUUUGUCACAAGAUGUAAACAAAGCUAGCGUUAACCCCAACCUUACCCCAAGACCUAACCUAUACCCUUACCCUAAGCCUAACCCACAAUCGUCGGCAACAAUCACGUGCCUUUACUCUGUUUACAUCUCGUGACCUUGAAGAAAUCUUCAGGUAGCCUUAAUAUUUAGAUCUGAUGGUCGCGAAAUGUCAGCACUCGAUUCCAAACGGAUAACCCGCGUAUAGAUUUUAUUCAUCCACCCUAGUCCCUACCUGAACAUCGGCGCCGACGGAGCAAUAAAAUGUUGUCACAAAUGGAUUUUAAUGUGCGCUUAAGACUAAAAAAAACGACAUUCGAUUUAUUUAUUUACUUUCGCGGUGUCGCACAACACACCCACCCUGUUCAGUGGGUUAUUCGUUUGGACACACGUGUUGAAAUUUUGCCACGUUUAUUAAAUUAUAUUUCAGGUUGGGCUGUUCCUACACAUAGAUUGGACUAGGGGUGGAAUUUACCCCUACCCCGACACUCGACUGCCAAAUGUACAAGGCGUAUUAUAGAAGCCGUCCGAUUUUCUUCAAUAUUGGGGUUCCUCCCUUAACGAAUAUAUAGGAUCCCAAAACCCCAUUUCAUUUCCCCUGUACCAUAGAAAAUUAUGUUGGUCUGUAAAUGGACAAUAAACCUCAUUGUAUUUCUUCCUUCUAAGAUAGAAAUGUAUGUAUUUAAUAGUAUUUAUUAAUAGUUUGAAACGUAGAUUAUUAGUAUAUUAUAUGUGUUGAGUGCAAGCAAUAGUUUAUUAUAUAUAUAUAUAUAUAUAUAUAUAUUAUAUAGUGAUGUGCCUACUAUAGUUAUUUAUAUAUUUAUUAGAGAUGAGAUCUUUUAAUAUUCUUAUA